AUGACCGAGUCACAGAAUAAGGUUUUUGUCGCCAUUUGGUACUCCGGCAUCCUCUGCCGCCUCCUCUGCACUAACAGCAAAAAGGAAGAUCAGAAGGAAAAAAGUGGAGUUAAGAUUUUUGAUCUUCAUCAUUUUGAUCUUCACAGUUUGAGUCCUCAUCAACCAAUGUCUGCGUCUUUGGCGUUCACAACUGAAGCCAUGAAGCUGUUGGAGGAAGAGCAGUUUCUUCAAUUGAAUAAGAAAGAAAAGGACCCGUUGAAACCGAAGCAACCAAUUUCAGCAUUUUUUAUGUUCAGAAAUAAGAGAAGAGCAGCUCUGCUUGCAAAGAGCAAGAGUGGCUGGGAUAUUGCAAAGCAAAACAUGGAAAAGUAUUUGGAAGAAAUGGAGGCUUACAAGCAGAGGAAGGAGGAAGAGUCUGCCAAUCCCAAAAAGGAAGAGGAUGAGAUGAUGAAAAUUCACAUCUUGGCUUUUGUGACCACUAAAUUAUGUAUGCUCUUGUUACAAAAAACGAAAGAGAAUCGCCAGAAGAAGAAGAAGAUUGUUGAUCCCAACAAACCGAAGAAGCCCGCAUCCUCAUUCCUUCUAUUCAGGAAGAACUUGUUGGAAGAGAGGCUGGGAAUUAAUGACUCUACCCUUAAUGCCCUCAUCUCAGUGAAAUGGAAGGAAUUGAGUGAAGAAGAUAAGCAAACCUGGAAUGAAAAAGCUGCAGGAGCCAAGGAGCCAAGAUGGAAUUGGAAGAGUAUAACAAAUCUCCAGCAAUGGAGGAGGAAAACAACAACAACCCACAACAGUAAAAGCAAGCUUGAAUAUUGA